CAAUCUCCCUCUCACCCCUCUCAUUUACUCUCACUCUAGAAAUUUCUAAUGCAGCACCGCCACGUGCCUCAUCCACCCACCGGCGGCGGCAGCUCCGCCUCUGCCAUGGCGGCGUUGGCCGACGCCAAGCGUGGUAAAAAGCGUGGCAGCUAUAACUGUGGCCGGUGUGGUCAGCCGAAGAAAGGCCAUUCUUGUAACCUCAGCGGCGCCGCUACGCCGACGGACUCAUCCGCCUCGACGGCGGAUCCGUCGCCGAGGCAGCAAUAUACGCACCUGCGGCGGGCGCUUUCGUUUGAUGACAGCGACGUGAGGCGGUCGGCAGGGGCUGAGGAGGAGGUGGUUGUUGAAGAUGAGGAGGAGGCGGGAUCGGAGUUGGGGGACGGUGGGUUGCCGGCGAGCUGCUUGUGGGAGGUGAUGAGGAGACUGCCGCCGGCGGCAAUGCUGGCAGCGGCGCAGGUGUGUAAGGGGUGGAGAGAGACAGCGAGGAGGCUAUGGAGGUCCGCGGAGGAGCUCAGGCUUAGGGUUCCGGCGAGGGCUCAGGUUGGGUUUGUUGGAUCGGUGUUGCAGAAGUGUCCGGGGCUUGUUAGGCUCUCUCUUAGAAUGGAAAGUGUUGUGGAUGCAACAAUGCUGGCCUGCAUUGCAUUUUCAUGCCCUAAUCUUGAAUACAUGGAGAUUUCUACAGGUGUCACUGCCAUCAACCGGAUUACAGGAGAUGAAUUGGGUCGUUUUGUGGCGGAUAAACGAUGCCUUAAAAGCCUGAAGAUGGAAGGGUGUUCUAAUCUUGGGGGUUUUAUUCUUUGUUCGUCAAGUCUCUCUACGCUUUGGCUUUCAGAUCUGCACUCCCUGUCUAAGAUGGCUUUUAAUUGCCCCAAUUUAAAAGAGAUUUCCUUGGACUUUUCUCGUCAUGAAAAUGAUACUACUGAUCUUACUACCAUGGUUGAUGGUCUGGCAAGGACCUGCCUAAGGUUGCAAAACAUACACAUUGCUUCAGUUAGACUUUCUCAUUCAGUUGUCCUUGCUCUUGCAGCUGCAAACUUCAGGGGGCUGCGAAUGCUUUCACUUCUACUUGGAUCAGAAAUCACUGAUGCAUCAGUUGCUGCAAUUGCAUCAAGCUAUUCAAAUUUAGAAUUGCUUGAUUUGAGUGGGUCUAGUAUCAGUGACAGUGGCAUUGGAAUGAUUUGCAAUGUGUUCCCUGAAACCCUAUCAAGACUGCUUCUUGCAGUUUGCCCUAACAUUUCAUCCAGUGGCAUUCAAUUUGCCACAGCUCAAUUGCCCCUUUUGGAACUUAUGGACUGUGGGAUGACCAUAAGUGACCCAAAUUCCCAGGGUCCACCCUCUGAAGAAAACAUUGAUUGUGAAUCACAGCAAGUUUCCAACAGUAAGAUGCACCUUAUUUACCAGAAGCUGAUCAUUAAACACAGUCGGUUGAAAAAACUCAGUUUGUGGGGUUGUUCUGGCUUAGAUGCUCUGUAUUUAAACUGCCCUGAACUCAAUGAUUUGAAUCUGAACUCUUGUACAAAUUUGCAUCCAGAGAGAUUGCUUCUUCAGUGUCCCAAUCUGGAGAGCAUACACGCAUCAGGUUGCCAAGACAUACUAGUUGGAGCCAUUGAAAGCCAGGUUAACAAUGGUUCUGCUGUAGAAAAUCAGUUCCCUAGCAAACGAUUAGCUGAUGGCUCCAAGAGGGUUCGAGUUCCAUAUUUUUUAAGCCCUCAGCCAUCAGACUUUAAGAUGGGGAGGGCUCAGAAACGCCGGUGCACUCUGCUCAUGGAUUAGUAAUAUAUGUGCCCAAAACACCACACUAACUGUACACUCAAGAGCAAAUUCUUGUUGGUCCUCAGGAACCAAAUGAUCUGUAAUUGUUGAAAUGGUGGUUUGUGUGCUGGUGCCCACUGGAUAGUGCCUUACCCUCUUUUACAUCCCAAAACAAAUAUUGUUUCAUUUUCAAAGUCAAGUUGACAUAGGAAGAGACAUGGCAUGAACAUUUAAGUUUAUCGGCUCUUCCUGCCUCUCAAAUAAAGAAUUUAUUUCCCUUUGUCAUCA